AAGACCACAGCUGGUUUAUCUACAGACACACAACCACCAUGGAGAUGCGUCUCUCUGUCUGCGUCCUGCUGCUACUUUGUGCUGCAGAAAACUCAAAUGGAGGGAAGAUUUUGGUGUGGUACACUGAGGCCAGCCACUGGAUCAACAUGAAGCCGGUACUGGAGACACUGGUAGACAGAGGACACCAGGUGACAGUCCUGGUCCCGAGUGCAUCGAUGUUCAUGAACAGUAGCGAACCGUCUCGCUUCCAAUACGAACCUUUUGAUGUUGACGUCUCAGUAAAAGAUAUAGAAAAGAAUUUUGAUGAUCUUCUUCGCUUCUCCAUGUAUGAGAUGGAUUUUAUGAACCCCAUUCAGAUUUACAUGAAAUUUACAGAUUUAAUGAAGAACAACAUGAACAUUUCUUUUAAGUUUUUGGAUGGUGUGGUGAAAUCAGAAACCAUCAUGAAGAAGCUGAAGGAUGGAAACUACGAUGUGUUAUUUGCUGAUCCGAUCUACCAUGGCUGUGACCUGACGGCAGAGAUUCUGGGAAUUCCUCUUGUUCUUUCUUUGCGUUUUUCGUUGGCUCAUCACUGGGAGAGGAUGUGUGGUCAGCUUCCUGCUCCACCGUCCUUCGUACCGGCUGCUAUGAGCAAACUCACAGACAAGAUGGACUUCUCAGAGAGACUGUGGAACGUCCUCUUCUACGCUUUGCAGGAUGUCGUAAUAAGCCAGUUCAUGUUGAAAGAUGUUAACAAAUAUUAUUCUGAAGUCAAAGGAACACCUGUUACCCACUGUAAGAUGCUGGGUAAGGUGGAUAUCUGGCUACUGAGAACCUACUGGGAUUUUGAUUUUCCUCGUCCACUCCUCCCCAACUUUAAAUUUGUUGGAGGGAUCCACUGCAAACCAGCUAAACCUUUACCAAAGGAAAUGGAAAAGUUUGUCCAGAGCUCUGGAGAUGCUGGGAUUGUUGUCUUCUCUUUAGGAUCGAUGGUUAAGAACCUCACCACAGAGAAAGCGAACAUGAUCGCCUCAGCGCUCGCUCAGCUUCCACAAAAGGUGCUGUGGAGAUACAGUGGCCAGAAACCCCAGACUCUGGGUUCAAACACCAGAAUAUACGACUGGAUCCCACAGAACGACCUGCUGGGUCACCCUAAAACAAAAGUUUUCAUCACUCAUGGUGGAGCAAACGGGAUCUAUGAGGCCAUCUACCACGGCGUUCCCAUGGUGGGAAUCCCCAUGUUUGCUGACCAGCCAGACAACAUGGUGCACAUGGAGGCCAAAGGAGCUGCAGUUAGUGUUAAAUUUAACUUUAUGACAACUGAGAGCCUCAGAGAUGCCCUGAACAUGGUCAUCAACAACAAAUCCUACAAAGAAAAUGCGAUGCGACUGUCCAGAAUCCACCAUGACAGACCCAUGAGUCCUCGGGACGAGGCCGUGUUCUGGAUCGAGUUUACCAUGAGAAACAAAGGAGCCAAACACCUGAGGGUCCAGGCCCACGAACUCACCUGGUACCAGUACCACAGCCUGGACGUCCUAGCCUUCCUCCUUAUUAUAGAUCUGCUCCUUAUCGUCAUCUUCUUCAAGAGCUGCAGCUUCUGUUUUAAGAGAUGCUGCAGCAGAAAACAAACAAAGAGAAAAGCUGAAUGAAAAAACAGAAGCGAGUUUUCCUGUUCGGGUGUUUUCCAAACUGAAUAUUAAUUUAUGUUUGGUGUUGUAUAACUGCUCUUUCAGAGCUGAAACAUUUUUAAUUACAAAAAAGUGUUUAUUAGCACAUGUAGGACUUAUUUUCCU